CAAAUUGACUUUUGAGAAUUUCAAGGAGACAGUUAUGUGUGGAGUUUCUGGGCAAGACACGUUUUCUAAGAAGUGACACAGUGUCUUCCUUCCUCGUCUGAUCCAACGCUUGCUGUAGCUGAGGACUAAUGUGGACAUCAGCCUGGCUCCAGCCCUUACCUUGAUGACCUACGAUUUCUGCGUUUUGGAAGACAUCUUGUCUGCCUAGUGAAAGAAGAAACCAUGAUGGUGUCCGACUUCUUUUGAAUUAGAGCCAAGGAGAGGAAGGAUCCUUCUCAUUAUUACUCUUCCUCUGUGAAAGCGCUGGCUUCAGUAGACCAUAGAUGCAAGAAAAAGAGCAUCCCGGGCAUGUUUAUUCAAACACUUGUAAAAUGGCAGCCACACAUCUAUCUUCUGUAUUUGACCCUGCUUGUGCCUAUGAGAGGGUCACAAAGGUGGAAAGCAUCCAUUCUGUGUUACAGAACUCAAUAACCUUUGAGGAUGUGGCCAUGGACUUCACCCAGGAGGAGUGGGCGUUGUUGAAUCCAUGUCAGAGAAAACUGUACAGAGAUGUGAUGCUGGAGAACUACAGAAACGUGGCGUCCCUGGAAAAGCAGCUCAGCAAACCUGCUCUGAUCACCCAAUUGGAGCAGGAAGACGAAUUGAAAACAGAGACAAGAAAUCACCAAGAUGGGAUGGUUCUCCCUAAAACCAAACAAUCACAACAUAAACAAGAUGUUUUGGAGAAAGAAGCACUCCAUGGCAAGAAGGAGCAAACUCAUGGAGGCGGAUCCAUUGAACAGAAUAAAAUUGCCUUGCGCAAGAAAUCUAGCAUUGCUCAGAAUCAGCGAAUUCAUUCCACAGAGAAACCCCAUCAACGCCUUCACCCUGGGAAACCCCUCAGAAAUUGUUCUCAUCUUAACUCACAUGAGAGUGUUCAUUCUGGGGGAAAAUCCUAUGAAUGUAAAAAAGAUAAAAAUACCUUCACCAGGAGUUCUUUCUUAGGUGCACGUGAGAGAAAACAUACAAGAGAGAAAUGCUAUGAAUUCAAUGACUCUGGCAAAGUCUUAAAUUCAAUCUCCUGGCUUAAGAAGCAUGAAAAAACUGACACUAGAGAGAAAUCUGUUCAAUGUAGCCAGUGUGGUAAAGUGUUACAGAACCACUCAUCCAUGACAUUGCACAUGAGAACCCACAGUGGAGAAAAACCUUUUAAAUGUAACCAAUGUGGGAAAGCCUACAGUUCAAACUCUUAUCUUAACCGACACAAGAGAAUUCACUCUGGGGAGAAGCCCUAUGGAUGCCGCGACUGUAGAAAAACCUUCAGAGAUAGUUCACUUCUUAGACAACAUGAAGAGAUUCAUUUAAGAAACAAACCCUACAAGUGUGAUCAGUGCAACAAAGCAUUCAGUCGAAGGUCUAGGCUUAAAAUUCACAAGGUAUUACAUACAGGAGAGAAGCCCUAUGCCUGCAAUGAUUGUGGAAAAACCUUCAGUAUUCUCCCAUACCUUAAAAGACACGAGAGAGUCCACACUGGAGAGAAAUCCGUUGAGUGUAAUGUCUGCGGAAAAGGACUAAGUAGUCAGUCAUACCUGAAGACCCACCUGAGGAUACAUACUGGAGAGAAACCUUACAAGUGUGAUCAGUGUGGGAAGGCUUUUAGGAUGAGCUGUAAUCUCGUGGUGCACAAGAAGAUGCAUGCUGGAGAGAAACCAUGUACGUGCAGUGACUGUGGGAAAGCCUUCAGGGACCACUCGUGCCUGAAAGAACACAUGAGAAUUCACACUGGAGAGAAACCCUUUGCAUGUCCUCAGUGUGGGAAAACCUUCAGAGUGAAUUAUUUCCUCAUUUUGCACAAAAAAAUUCACACAAGGACUAAACAAUAUGAGUGUAAGGAAUGUGGGAAAGCCUUCAGUGGUGUCUUAUCUCAUAGGAGACAUAUGAAAAAGCACAUCAGGGAAAAGAUACCCUUCAAGUGUGGUGAGUGUGGGAAACCUUUUAGGAGGAAUGUAGCCCUUAAAAUACACAUGAGAACUCACACUGGAGAGAAACCCUAUGAGUGUGAUCAGUGUGGGAAAACCUUCAGUGUAAGGGGUAACCUUACUGUGCAUAAGAGAGUACAUACUGGCGAAAAACCCUAUCAAUGCAAUGUCUGUGGAUACGCUUUCAGUAAGCUCAUAACCCUUCGGAAGCAUCGUGAGAGCACUCAUGCUGGACAAAACUCCUAGCAAUGUCCCUGUGAGAUAAUGUUCUCCAUGAACUCUCAAUCUUUAUGGCAUACAAGCAAAUGCAGAGAAAAACUGUAUGUAAAGAAUGGGACAAAGCCUUUGAAUAAUCUGUGGGAGAAAGCUAAGUUAUGUAAUGACUGGUAAAUUCUUUAUUCAUCCCAUAGAUGUGUGACCACUUGACACUGAAAGGAAAAAACUUUUAGUAUC